AUGGCUCGUCAAGCAUUUUUUACCCUUGCCUUAUUGUUCGUUGCCUUGGCUAGCGUUGUGAUAGCAGAAGGGCCUGCUCCAUCUCCAUCUCAGAAGGCAGAGGCUCCGGACGCCUCAUCCCCGUCGACUUCCGCUGAGGCCCCCACAACAUCUUCUACUGCACCUAACGCUGCUUCACCAACAUCUACCGAGGCAACCCCGUCUUCUUCUCCCUCUCUUAGCCCGAAGAGUUCUGCAGCUGAAACCCCUAAUUCAGAUAGCCCUACUUCCGGAGACUCCAUGGAAGAAUCCCCUAGUGGCUCCCCUGAGGAAGGACCUGCUGCAGGCCCAGAUGUUGAUGAUCUAGCACCCACUGAAUCAACACCUGCUGAUGUUCAGACACCUCCUAAGAAAAAUGGUGCUAUGACUCUCAAAUUAUCAUUUAUUGCAGGUGUUGCAGCAGUUAUGGCCUCCUUCUUAAAUUGA